UAUUAUUCACACGAAAGGGAAUCGAGUGCUCUCUGCUCUCUCUCUCUCUCUCUCUCUCUCUCUCUAGUCUGAAGUUCACUCAUGGAAACCCAAACCGGCGAUUGCGACGCUGGGCCUCUCCCGAUGGAAAUGGACGAAGCGACUCAACCAAAAGAUCCUCCCAAAAUUUCCCGCCUCGAUGACUCCGUGGUCAACCGAAUCGCGGCAGGAGAGGUUAUCCAACGGCCGGUAUCCGCCGUUAAAGAGCUGGUGGAGAACAGCCUCGACGCCCACUCCACCUCCAUAAGCAUAGUUGUCAAGGACGGCGGCCUCAAACUCAUCCAAGUCUCCGACGACGGUCACGGAAUCCGAUAUGACGACUUGCCGAUAUUAUGCGAGAGACACACAACGUCAAAGCUUUCUACGUUUGAAGAUUUACAAACGGUAAAGUCAAUGGGGUUCCGAGGAGAAGCUCUGGCAAGCAUGACUUACGUCGGUCAUGUUACUGUCACCACCAUUACCAAAGGACAGCUGCAUGGUUACAGAGUAUCUUAUAGAGAUGGUGUCAUGGAGCAUGAGCCGAAGGCAUGCGAUGCCGUAAAAGGAACUCAGAUAAUGGUUGAGAAUCUAUUCUAUAACAUGAUUGCCCGGAGGAAGACUCUGCAAAAUUCUGCCGAUGAUUAUUCGAAGAUUGUAGACUUGCUAAGCCGGUUUGCCAUUCAUCACAUACAUGUUGGUUUCUCAUGCCGAAAGCAUGGAGCUGGCAGAGCAGACGUUCAUACAGUUGCUGCAUCAUCUAGGCUUGAUGCCAUUCGAUCAGUUUAUGGGGUGUCGGUUGCUCGAUCGCUUAUCAAAAUUGAAGCUGCCGAUCAUAAUCCAUCUAGUUCAGUUUUCAAGAUGGAUGGGUUCAUCUCGAAUUCAAAUUAUGUUGCAAAGAAGAUAAUUAUGGUACUUUAUAUCAAUGAUAGAUUGGUGGAAUGCACUGCAUUGAAGAGAGCUGUUGAAAUUGUUUAUGCUGCAACCUUGCCCAAAGCAUCUAAACCCUUCAUAUACAUGUCAAUCGUAUUGCCACCUGAACAUGUUGAUGUGAAUGUGCACCCAACAAAGAGAGAGGUAAGUCUUUUAAAUCAAGAAGUUAUUAUUGAGAAGAUACAGUCAGUGGUUGAAUCAAAAUUGAGGAACUCGAAUGAGUCACGGACAUUUCGGGAGCAGGCACUGGGAUUUGAACCGUUGACAAAGGAUAUGGAGUCCCCCACCUCAGGGCUUGGCCGUGCCACCAAAAUGAUGUUUGAACAAUCUCCUUUGGGUAGUAUUUCUAUGGACAAGGACCCUAAUUUCAGCCCGUCACCAUCUGGAUCAAAAUCACAAAAAGUUCCAGUGCAUAAAAUGGUUAGAACAGAUUCAUUAGAUCCUGCUGGAAGGUUGCAUGCUUACUUGCAAGUUAAGCCUUGUGGACCACUUGAAAAUAAUCCGAGUUUGACUGCUGUGAGAUCUUCUGUUAGACAAAGAAGAAACCCAAAGGAGGGGGCAGAUCUGACUAGCAUUCAGGAGCUCAUUGAUGAAAUUGACUGUAAUUGUCAUUCUGGUCUGCUGGAAGUUGUAAGGCACUGUACAUAUGUUGGAAUGGCGGACGACAUCUUUGCAGUGCUUCAGCACGACACUCAUCUCUAUCUUGCUAAUGUGGUGAACUUGAGCAAAGAGCUCAUGUAUCAGCAAGUUCUGCGCCGGUUUGCCCAUUUUAAUGCUAUGCAAUUAAGUGACCCGGCUCCAAUUUUUGAGUUGAUUAUGAUGGCAUUGAAAGAAGACAAUUCAGAUCCGGGAUGCCAUGAGAAUGAUGGGCUAAUAGAGAAAAUCGCAGAAAUGAAUACCGAAUUGCUCAAGCAAAAGGCUGGACUGUUAGAGGAUUAUUUCUGCGUUCAUAUUGAUAUACGUGGAAAUUUGUCUAGACUUCCAGUCAUACUUGAGCAGUACACACCUGACAUGGAUCGUGUCCCUGAAUUUGUACUUUGUUUGGGCAAUGAUGUCGACUGGGAGGAUGAGAAAAAUUGCUUCCAAUCAAUUUCAGCUGCUCUUGGAAACUUUUAUGCUAUGCAUCCUCCCAUGUUACCCAACCCAUCAGGUGAUGGUAUGCAGUUCUACAAAAAGAGAAAACCUCUCAGGAAUCCUGAAGAUGAAGAAAAUACUCCUGAGAAUAUAGGGGAUGAUACGACAGGAGAGAAUGAAAUUGAGCAGGAGCUACUUUCGGAGGCAGAGACUGUGUGGGCCCAGCGUGAAUGGUCAAUCCAACACGUAUUGUUUCCAUCCAUGAGACUCUUUUUCAAGCCACCUACUUCUAUGGCUACUAAUGGAACCUUUGUCCGGGUCGCUUCACUGGAGAAGCUUUACAAGAUCUUCGAAAGAUGUUAACAUAGUUGUUCUGUUCAGAUCUAGUGACAGGAGAAUGGGGCUAUUGUCUGAGGCAUUUGUGUUCAUUGAUAGUGUAAUUCAGUUUAUUAACUUUUUAGCUUUGCUUUGUGGAGGAAUCUGGGUUAAGUGUCGAUGGAUUAUGGGUUUUGUGGGUUUUGGUUGCCAUAGUCCAGUAUUGGGAGCCUCAAUAAUCCCCUGUUAGUUCAUACCCCAUACAAAAUUGAACACCUCAUGGUACGUCUGGAUUUGGGGCUAACUUGAUUAUUCGAUCUGGCUACUUGAAUGGGAAGUGGGAACUGAGGAUGACGAUAAGGUGGCUUGAAAUAUCUUGUUUCUUGUGUGGGAGAAGAUAAUUUUGUAUUAGGAAAGAUGAGUUGAGAGAUUAUAACUGGAGUUAAAUGGUAGCUCUUUUAGAGUAUUUUUAUUUUUCUUUUCGCAUGAAUUCGGGAAAACGAUUUGAGUUGCUUGUUUUCUAAUGUCUUGAUCAA